UUCCCUUUUUCAUGUUUUUGUUUUUCCCUCUUUUUUCGUGAUUUUUUUUUUUGGUUCUAUAUUUGAUGUAUUUGAAUCUGUAAUUUGAGCUUAAUAUGAUGUUUGGAAUGUAAAUUAAGUUUUAGAAGGUCACUACUGUUUUGAUUGACGAGUUGAACGUUGUGUUCCUGCAUUUUCCGGUGUAAUUGAAAUGGAAUUAUAAGUUCUUAAAUUACCUAAAAAAAUAGAUGUGGAAGAAAAUGCCUGCUAAAUUAGCUGUAUUUUUUAAGUUUGUGUAUAGAUUGGUGGAUUAGAAAGAAUCACUAGUUUGAUAUGUGCUUAAAGUUAUUCAACAGUGAGAAUUGAUUGCGAAUUGGAAUUAUUUAAUAUGAAUAUAGUUUGGGUGGGAACAUGGAGUUUGAAUAAACAGUCUAUGAAUUGGCAAAUUUUUAGUUCCAUAUUUAGUCAUUUUCAGUUGACUUGGUUGUGGCUUCUUUAGUCAUGUAGUUUCCAUUAAUAUUUGUGGUUUUUGUCUUGUUUUUACUUUUUUUACGGAUUCGGCAUGAGUGGAAGGUCGUCUAAAUGUGAGGCAAGCCGAAGGAUAUGAGUGAUAGAAAUCAUGAUGAUAUAUGUAUUGUCAGCUGAUGAAAGCAUUUUCAAUUUCAAGCAAGUUCAUCAAAUUUCUAGCAGCAACAACCCCUUUUUACUCUCAUUUUCACUUCAAGUGUAGUCAUUUAAUUUUGGGAAGACUAAAUCUUUUAUCCUUUGAAGUAAUUUUCAAAGCAGACAACAUGUUUACAAAUAUAAAUAUCUCACAUUUACUACAAUUCAAAAGAUUUCAUUGCAAUGAUCUUCUGUAGACGAGGGUUAAAUUUUGGUUUUUGUGGUAACAGCAACACAGACAUAUGCUUAUUGUUCAGCUAUGUGGAAAUAUCAUUUCUUUGCUUAUCUUUCCAUGAUCCAUGGCUUAAGUACUGUGGGGAAGAAAUCGUGUUUUUCACUUAGCAGACUUUUCUGGGUAGUUUCACUUUAUAGAAACCCUUACUUCUGGUGCAUUGACUUUGAAUGGCCGUACAACCACGAGAUUAGUUUAAUGUGGUUGGAAUUCAAGGCUUGAAGCUUUGCUUGUGGAUUGACGAAUCAACUGUUUGUAGGGCCCCUUUUGGAAGUAAUGAUGAAAUAACCACUUAGCAAGUGUGUGUUAGACAAUUGACUAAUUAAGGAGAUGUUUGUUAUUGGGCAUGUGUGGAGCAAUGUGAGAAAACUGGAUGUGUGGGCAGGAAAUGCUUCCAACAUUGUAAAUUCUCAUCCGAUGGAAAACCUAUUGAUGGACCAUGGUAUCUUCAAGAGCCACUAUAUCUGCAAUGGAAACAGUGGGACUGUCGCAGUGAUUGUCGAUAUCAUUGCAUGAUUUCCAGGGAGGAAGAAAGACAGAAACUUGGUGAUAAGCCUGUCAAGUAUCAUGGGAAAUGGGCAUUUCAACGUGUUAAUGGAAUCCAGGAACCUAUUUCUGUUGCUCUCUCUGCUCUAAAUCUCGCCAUUCAGUUUCAUGGUUGGGUAUCCUUUUUCAUCCUUAUUUACUACACGCUGCCGUUGAGGCCAAAUAAGAAGACUUAUUAUGAAUUUACUGGCUUGUGGCAUAUCUAUGGGGUCUUAUCAAUGAACUCCUGGUUCUGGAGUGCUGUUUUCCACAGUCGAGAUGUUGAGUUGACAGAGAAGCUAUAUUAUUCCUCUGCUGUGGCUUUACUUGGGUUUACCCUAAUUUUAGCAAUAUUGCGAGCUUUCAACGUGAGAGAUGAGGCUGCAAGGGUCAUGGUUGCGGCUCCUUUGAUUGCAUUUCUUACAACACAUAUCAUGUAUCUGAACUUCUAUAAUCUUGAUUAUGGCCUGAACAUGAAAGUAUGUGGAGCCAUGGGUGUAGCUCAGCUGCUCAUUUGGACAAUUUGGGCAGGUAUGACUCGUCAUCCAUCCCGGUGGAAGCUGUGGGUGGUGGUUGUGGGUGGAGGUCUCGCUGUGCUCUUGGAAAUAUUUGACUUCCCACCAUAUCAGGGAUUUGUUGAUGCACAUGCUCUUUGGCAUGCUAGUACCAUCCCACUUGCCUACCUUUGGUGGUGCUUUGUCAGGGAUGAUGCGGAGUUUAGAACAUCAAGUCUCCUAAAGAAAACCAAGUAGCAUUUCCUCUACCUAGUUCUUGAAGUAGACUAUCGAUUGUGUCAAGCACAUUGCAGGCUCAACUAUGAGUCGAACAACUGAAAAAGCGUUCUUUUUCCUGUGCAUGCUUUUUCCCAGAUGAUUACCAUGGAUUGGCUGGUCCUUUCACUUUGUGUUUCAUUUGGUGGUGCUCUAUUAUUUCCACUGAAAAUGUGGUGUACAUUCUGUAAUGAAACUCAAAUUUUGAGAUCGCUGUUUUUGUAUUCCGUAUAAAGUUACUAGGGCUGAAGAAUUUGAUUUGUA